AUGACGUUGUCGUUGAGAGGGCACCUACGAUGGAAGAUGUUUGGCAUGGACGAUUACCUUGCGAUACUCGCCACGACUUUCCACCUCGGCGAGGUAGUUGCAAUAAUAAUUGGAUUGGAUCACGGGUUGGGGCAGUCUGAAGAACUGUUGAGCGCUAGCGAUCUCUCAGAAGCGAGCAGGUCAGCCUUUGCUUCCCAAAUAUUGUUCCUUCUGUCUGCGGCAUUUGCGAAGGCCUCGACCUUGUACCUGAUGAUGAGACUGUUCAACCUGAGCGGUCCAAAAUCACGAAAUCAAACUCGAUCCAAGACACUUUAUAUCGUCGCUAUAACAAUACUGACGAUCGUGGGGCUUUGGGCAAUACUGUCAAUCGUGGCGAUAUCAGUCGACUGCUCGGUCAAUGGCUUCAUUCAAGCUGAUCAGGCUCAAUGUUCGCAUCAGUUCCUCCGGUGGCAGUUGAUUACCGCGUUCGACGUUGCGACGGAGUGUAUUUUAGUGAUUGUGUCGAUCGCGAUUGUUUGGCCCGUACAACUGCUCUUGUCUUUGAAAUGCCAAGUAGUGCUUGCCUUUGCAUUCCGCUUGCCUGUCGCAGCCCUUUCUAUCAUCCACCUCAAAUAUGUCUCGGAUUACACAGUAUCCAGCAACCCCGGAAUUGCUUUGGUGCCUGUCUUGGUACUUCAGCAAGUCCAGCUUUGUUGGUCCCUUAUUUCGGCAACAAUCCCGAACCUGAAAUCCUUUGUCAAGAGCUUCAGUAGUAGCUUUGGUAUCCAACUGGACCCCUCACUCACACAGGCUUACGGAUCUGGUAGACUUGGCCGCGGCACUGGAUACGAGCUUGGCUCUCUAGGCCAAAAUGGAGGUUCCAAAUCGCGAUCAGGUAAUCGUUCAUACAAUGACAUCGAAAGGCCAACAACACUUCCACGGCAGAUGCAAGACAACUUGAAGAGUCACCCAAAUGCAAGAGAUCAAGAAUCUAUCGCCAGUGCAGGAAGCCAGGAUCACAUCAUUCGCAAAGAUGUGCAAUGGAAAAUUCACUAUGAGAAUAAUGACGAGAGAAUCUAA